UUCGCCCUGCCCUGGGUGGAGGAUGUCGGCGGUGCUGGGAGCGGGCUCGGCCGCCCACGCCGGCGGAGGGCGGGACAGCCCUCUCCCGCCACGAGGUGUUGUCCAGGCGCAGGUGGGAUCCGCUCGGUGCUGCCGGGGCUCGGAGAGCGGGAGGGGGCGAAAAGUGGGGUCUGGAGGGUUCGCCCUGCCUUGGGUAGAGGAUGUCGGCGGUGCUGGGAGCGGGCUCUGGCGGGCGCCGGGGGUGAAGUGUUUCGAGAGGCCGCCCCCCGUGGCUCUCACCGGGUCUCAGCGCCGGCCCCGCGCAGCCCGAUCGCUCAUCGCGCCGCAUCGGCCGCGGGGUCGGGGAGAGGGGAGCGGGGGGAGCCACCGAUCGGGCCGGCGGGUCUGUCCCUGUACCCAACCGUGCGCCCCCGUCGGGGAUCGUCCCGGUGCCUCCCGGUCGGACAGAGUUGGCUGCCCCGUCCCCGGGAGUGUUCCCGGCCAGGUGGGACCGGGCUUGGAGCCACCGGGGCUGCUGCGAGGUGUCCGGGGCAGCGGGGGGAUGGGAUGGGCUUGAAGGUCCCUCCCAUCCCAAACCAUUCUUGGAUUGAAUGACAGAUCCGAUCCUGCCCUCCCGUGGCUGGAGCCACCGCGCUGCUGCUUUUCUUUCCAGUCCUUGGCAUAGUUGGCCUGCAGUGACUCAUUGUCAGCGCUCAGUGUCCCUGGGCUCCGAACUGGCCGGGCAGGAGCCCCUGGGCACAAUCCCCCUCUCUGGACUGUUCUCGAUGUAUUCUCUACAGUCUGACACAGUGCUCCUGUUAAAUCUGCGCUCAAAGAGGGUUUUUUUCACCCCCAGCGAUGCCUCAGGUUCAAGUUGCAACUUGUCCCUCUUCUAACUUUGCAGUGAUUCAAGAUAUGGAGAGUGGAAGCAACUGGAAUGGUAGGAAUGCAGAGGCAUCCCUGAGUCUCCGGGACAGAACAGAAAAAAGGAAUAUACACAAAAUGAUCCUCGGGAAAUGUCAGGCUCUAGUCAAUUGGUUCACAUCCCACCGAGUGCUGACUGCAUUCCUGGUGUUGUCUGUGCUUCUGAAUGUGGCUUUGGUGGUGGCCGUGGCUGUGCUGUCAGGAAAAAGUCAUGGAGAGAUUCCAGUUACACCUAAGGAUCCAUGCUUUGUGCCUUCUCUUGAGGCCUGGGAUCAGGUACAACAGCGUCUGUUACUACCUCUUGAAGGGUGAGAGGACUUGGGACGAGGCUCAGAAUCAGUGCUCCAAGCUCGGGGCCUCCCUGGCCGUGCUCAGUGACAAGGAAAUGGACCACCUCCUCUCUCCCUCUCAGGACCACGUCUUCCGCCUCAAUGGCAACCUGGAUUACUGGCUCGGGCUGCGGAGACGGGGCGAGAGGUUUCAGUGGGUGGACGGCAGCAGCUACAACUCCUCGCUGGAGGUCCUUGGCAAUUCAGAGUGUGUGUACCUGGCGGACCAUAAACUCAGGAGUGAGGACUGUUCAACAGAGCGGGCGUAUCUCUGCAGCAAACCCCAACCUCACCUGUACUAGAAGUGAGGGAGAAAGGACCUUCUCCAUCCUGAAGACACAGCUUUCCUUCUUCCACUAGCCCAGGGAUGUCCUUCUGCGGGUGAUUGUUUACUUUGUGACACAUCUCAGCACAACCUCAGGAACCUUGGUGCCUUUUGUCAUUGUCACCUCAGUAGCUGAUCUCAAGGAAGUGAACCUGCAGGGACAUGAUGUGGAAGUGGACAUGUGCCUUCGUGGACUAGGGGUUUCUUUCUCCAGAAGUCUUUCUCAUUGUCUAUUUAUAUUUACUUUAUAUUUAUACUCUAUAACAGUUUACAUACAUAACACUACAUGCACUGCAUUCAAGCACUAUAGUGCUUGAAUGUGCGCGUGUGAAGUAUUUUUCCAUUCCUGAACGCUACUUGAAUCAAUGAAUGUGAAUGUACAAUGUCCUGAUUGUGGCCUGUGGUGGUUUGGGCCAGGCCUUCCUUGGUGACCAGUUUGUAACCAAGGAAGGGUCCAGAUUUACCCAGUA